UCACGUGACCGCGUUGCCAUGGCAGUGUUUCUAUGUGUAUAUGCUUGUUAGCUUUGUGUUUUUCUAAAACCUUCAUGUGUAGAAUGUGUGGCAGUUCAGAAGUUCCUCGGUCACCGUGAAUACAAAUGUCCCAGAAGAACCGAAAGAUGAAGGCUAGGAAGGGGAAACCCUCUGCGGUGGUAGACGCUCUCUCCACGGAAGAAAUGUCCAAAGAUCAGCUGGCGGAGCACAUCAUCCGCCUCCGAGAGGAGCUGGACAGAGAACGGGAGGAGAGGAGCUACUUCCAGCUGGAGAGGGAUAAGCUCCAUGCCGUGUGGGAGAUCUGCAAGAGGAAGCAGGUGGAGAUAGAGGCAGAGCUGAGGAACAGCACCUGGAAGAAAAAGGAGGCUGAAGAGCGCCACCGAGUGGAGAUAAAUGUCUACAAGCAGAAGUUGAAGCAUGUCCUGUCUGAGCAGCACAACGCGGUCUUUGAGGUGAAGGCGGAUGCCAUCUCUUCUUCCUUGCUGCGCCAGAACAGCAAAUCUGAGCUGAAACUACGUGGAAAAGUCCUGAACCUGCAGGCAGAGAGCAGGGUGAAGAAGUUCGCGGAGCACAACUCUAUCAAGCAGCUGAAGCUGAAACACCAGGAGGAGCUGAUUAAGCUCAGCCAGGAGUACAAGUGUAAGAUUCAAGAGAUGGAGACAAGGUCCUUCAAGAGGAUGCACUCUCUGAUAGAGACAGAGGAGAAGAAGAGGAGGUCAGCAAUCCUUGAUAUGGAGGAGCAGAUGAGGAGUCGCGUUGAGUCUCUGAUGGAGGAGCAUGACCAAGCUCUGCGGAAAGGGGAAGAGUACUUCUCUCAAAUUCUACAGAAACAGCAGGAGGACUUGAACAAGUGGAAGGAGGAGGUGAAGAAGCUGCAGAAGGAGAAGGCUAAGCACAAAAAAGAUCUGACAGCACGUCAACAAGAGAAGCAGAAUCUGAAGACGCUGCAGGAGGUCCGACAGAGGAGCUCCGAGCUGCACAGACAGCUGCAGGAAAGCAAGAGCUGCAAAGACUUCAUGGAGAAGUACAGAGCAGAGAAGAAGCCGGUUUUAAACAACCUCAGAGAGGUGAAGGUGGAGAACGAGCUGCUCUUGCAGGCCUUCGAGAAGCUCCAACAGGAACGUGACGAGUUGUUGGAGACACAUAAGGAGAACAUCCUGGGCGUCCAGCAGAGGACCAGCCUGAAGAAGCUGCUGCUCCAAAGGAAGCUGGCAGCACUGACAGAAACUCUGGAGAAGAAGGAGGCUCAGCUCAGCACAGCGCUCUGCAGGAAUGUUAGCUACUGAAGACUUCUUGACUCCCACUGCACCCUGAAUGAAGCUGCAUCAUCCAUAAAGGGAACAGAGAGGGGCUCUUGUUCUCUUAAGGCCAGAUGGAACCAGGCAAUGGACGCGUAUAUUUCCAGAACCAGGAAACGAUGCUAUGAUAAUUUACUGGAUUUUUAAUUUCAAAUCCCUUUUCCUUUAAUGAUC